AUAGAGAGAGAGAAGGAAGGAAGGAGAGAGAGAAAGAGAGAGAGAGAGAGAGAGAGAGAUUUUUACAUUUUCAAAGCUUCGAACAGAAGGGCAGACGCUGUCAAAGCCGGAGACAGUAGGAAACUUUACUAACGCGAGCUUUGCUUUCUCUGGCUUCAUUACUCAGUUACGCGUGACAGAAUGACCGUCUAGCCCAAGGUCUGACGUGACGCGAGGAUGUGAUAGGUUGAUAAGGAACACUGAUAUCUGAGCUGCAGUGUGCAGAGACAUCUGGUGUGUGUGUGUGUGUGUGUGUGAGAGAGAGAGAGAGUGUGUGCGGUAUAUAUGGCUCACUCUUCUCAGCAGCGUCUGUGAUGCUCGUGAUGGACGAACGCUCCAGUUCCACUCAAAUGGGGCCUGUCCGAGCGGUGAGGUUUUCGUAAUCAAUACGGUCUCAUCCCAAACAGCAGCAUAGCCACUGCAGGGAUGGCAUUGGUGAGAGAACAGAGCAUCGUAUUACAGCUACGUUCUCCGGGGGCACCCUGCGUUCAUUCCAUCCUUUUUUUCCACAAUUUAAAUCUCACCAGGUCUCUCUUGAUAAUCUGAAAGCAUACAGUAGGCCUGAGAAGAGAACAGGAUGAACUACGAAUAUGGCACUGCUCGUGAGAUGGAAGACUACAAAAGAAGGCCCACACUGCCAAGCCUGGGCAACGGGUGGACAACCCAGUCCACCCCAGUGGAGGACUGCAGGGAUGCACAUCAGCCAGGGGGCCCCAGGACCCUCAGGGCCUUGUGCAAGGUGAAAGUCUUCAGCUGCCUGUUUGGCCUCGCUACCGUGUUCUUCGUCAUGGCUUCCUACAUCCUGACGAGGGAGCAGAGGGGGCCAAUACUUACGGCCUCGCUCCAUAACCUUGUGUCCUUGGCUCGGCCCGCAAACCUGUCUUCAGGAGCCGACUAUGCAGAACUCCAGGAGGUGGUCAGGACCAUUGUGGCCAAAGUGGCGUUUGAGCAGCGAGAGGUGCCGGAUCUCCCAGAACUCAAGGAAAGAGAACCCCAUAUUUUCUCUGUAAUCCCUCGUCAGUUUCUGCCCUACCUCAAGAACCCUUGCUGGUAUGAGGAUUACACUGGGAACACCACAGCGGACCCGUAUGAGCGGAACCUGUAUUUGUUGUACUCCAAACGCUUCCAGGCCAUGUACAAGCACCUGCACGCAGCCUUUCUGGAGCACCUGCAUCGCCGUGGGAACGCCCCCCAGCGUCUGCGCUGCCUGCCGUACUUCUACAUCAUAGGGCAGCCCAAGUGCGGCACCACAGACCUCUAUGACCGUCUGCGGCUGCACCCGCAGGUCCAGUUCACCACCAUGAAGGAGCCGCACUGGUGGACCAGGAAGAGGUUUGGUAUUAUCAGGUUGAAUGAGGGCUUGCGUAACCCGUAUCCUCUGGAAGAUUAUCUGGAUCUGUUUGAUCAAGCAGCCUAUCAGAUUCAAGAUCAGUUCUUGGACAACUCCUCCAGAAGAAAAACAAGGGUGGACAUCAUUGCUGGUGAGGCCAGCGCGUCCACUAUGUGGGACAACAAUGCAUGGAUUUAUUUCUAUGACAACGGAACAGGGGUGGAGCCUCCAUAUCUGGUUCAAGACUUUAUCCAUGCAGUCCAACCAAAUGCCAAAUUUAUAGUGAUGCUCAGAGAUCCUGUGGAAAGGUUGUACUCCGACUAUCUCUACUUUGGCAUGGCCAAUAAGACAGUACAAGACUUCCACGAGCGCGUGUCUGAGUCCCUGCAGCUUUUUGAGACCUGCCUAGCUCAGAGAUCUAUGCGCUCCUGUGUGUACAACACCACCCUCAACAAUGUCAUGCCUGUCAGACUGCAUGUGGGGUUGUAUGUGGUGUAUCUGCUGGAUUGGCUCAGUGUGUUUAGCCGAGAACAGAUUCUAGUCCUGCGACUGGAGGAUCACGCAGCCAACAGAAAACACACCAUGCACAGAGUCUUUGACUUCCUACACUUAGGACCACUCACUCAGCAGAAGGAGGCUGACAUCACCAAGAGCCCAGCAUCCAACGCCAGGAGACCGGCCAAUCGCAGUCUAGGUCCCAUGUUACCCAUCACCAAGGAGAUAUUGCAGAGCUUCUAUGAGCCCUUCAACCAGAAACUGGCUGCCGUGCUUAGUGAGCCAGCCUUUCUGUGGACACAGCUGUAAUGGGACAAAUUCAGGAAGUUACCACUGGGGGUCACGUUUCCUUUUUAAUGAAAGGAAUGCCACUUUUUAGACUCUGUACCUGUGGGUGAACUGAAUCAGACAAGAAUUUCACAAAGAGAUAAUUUUUGGUUAGCCGUUUCUCCAGGCUCUAUUGUAUAUUCCUUCGCUGGUCCAAAGAGGUGUUUUGUUUUUUGUUUUUUUAAACUUUACAACAGUGAUGGGAUGCUGUGUAGCUUGGUGUCUGCAGACACUCUGAAAGUGCUUGAUGAGACGCUGGGAGCUUGCAGGCAUGUGGGGAUGCUUUGUCUUCUAAUGUUCUCUCACUGGGCCUUUACGGGUGUUGAGAAAGGCACACGGUUUGGGAGUAGAGACCGUAGCCACCUGUGGGGCAGAACACAGAGCAUUAAGGGUGGAGAAGACAGGAAGGAGGAUGGGUUUAUAUCUUCUCCUCCAUCACUACAGUCCAGAUGGCUCUCAUAGUUUCAGCAUAUGAAGCACUUUGAAUUUCUAAUAUUAAUUUUAAUAUUUUAAAUAAUUGUUUUAACUGUUAUUAUUUUAAACAUCAAACACGGUUUUGUUUGUUUCUUACGGCUGUGCACUAUAUUGAAUAAAAUUUUUUCACUAUG